AUAUUUACAUACAAUGUUUCAUUAACGGCAUCUGGUCAUACAAAUACUGUUUUGUUUUGGUCUGUUCUUAAAAGACGCUGUCGAUUCUAUGAGCCACUAUAUUUAAUUUAAUCUAGUGAAACGAUGUGCUGAUUUACACUUAGUUAAAUAGCGGUUAUUCGAAUCGUCAUGCUCCUGCGCCUGCCUUUGUUGGUGGCCCGUUUCCUGCACAAUGGAAGACUGCGUCUGUUAUUUGUGGCCCUUAUCGUUCUGCUGAUCGUUGGCUUACUGCUGACCUAUGGCAGACAGACUGACUACCAGCUCUGCUUCAUGGACGGAGAAGGACGGUCGGCGACUCAGUCAACGGGUUCUGUUGGUGUCGACCUCUUGGAUGAUGUGCUGCAGGCUGAUCCAAAACCGACGCCCGGCAAGACUAUUUUCUUUCAUGAGACGAGUUGCCACCAAAAGGAGAAUAAUAGAUACAAGGUGCUGGAGCUGACUGCACGCCAAGCCUGCGCAAUAGAAUCGGCAGCAUUGCAUAAUCCGAAUUUCCAAGUUUUCGUCUUAUUUGCCGGCCCCACAUAUCAAAUCCCUACAGCCAGACAUAACGAUAGCCAUCCGCAGACCUUGGUUGAAGCAAUCCUCAGCUACAGCAAUGUACAUCUGCGUCGUCUUAACCUUUGGAGCUAUGCUGCUGCCACGCCUAUUGAGGAGUGGCUAAAGGACGGUCGCUUAUUUCGUUCUAAAUAUUUGUUUUCGCACAUAUCGGACUUUCUGCGGUAUUUAACGCUUUAUCGGUAUGGCGGACUUUAUCUGGACAUGGACGUCGUGGUGCUGCGCAGCAUGGAAGAAGUUCCUCCCAAUUAUACCGGAGCAGAGUCUGAUACCCACCUGGCUGCAGGUGUGAUGAAUCUAGAGCCGACUGGCUUUGGACAUGGGAUCGCCGAGUCCUGCCUGCGCGACUUUCAGCAUAACUUCGACGGCAGGGAUUGGGGCAACAACGGACCGGGUGUCAUUACGCGAGUAGCUCAGAAAAUCUGCCAAACAAAUGACAUACGUCUGAUGCAGGAAGAUCGCAAACGCUGCCUAGGAUUCACCGUAUUCGGUCGGGCGGCAUUUUACGCUAUUCCUUGGAAGCAGUGGAAGGACUUCUUCGAGCCGGAGAAAAUGGAAGAGACGAUGGCCCGCGCCAAAGACUCGUAUGUGGUGCAUGUGUGGAAUAAACACUCUAGUAAGCUGCCCAUUAAGCACGGAUCUAGUAACGCCUACGCAAAAUACGCCGAAAAGAACUGCCCUCGAGCCUACAAGGCGGCAGGAGAUUUUUUUUAGGGUAAUGGAUGGGUUCUCAAAUAUUUUUUUGUAUUUUUAUAUGUGUAUAUAGCGCUGCUUACCAAAGAUAUCCCCCAUUAAAGGGGUAUGUUACUGUUUUAUGUUUGCUUCUCUACAAUUGCUAAUCUCAAAACGAAAAACAGUCAAAAGUCGUACAAUUAUCAAGGAAACGCACAUCACUAUCAAGGAUAUAACAUCAUUAGGACUUGUGUAAGCACAAUUAUUAUUUUGAAUAUUUCUAAAAAUGUGUGAACCCGUUUAGCAUUUUGCAGCAGUUAUAAAAAUCAAAAAUGUAGAAUAUAGAAAAUCAUACAUUAGUGCGAUCAUACAAUAGGAAACAAGUAUUCCCUAACCAACGAACAAAUAAUUAAAAAAUGGCUUAAAUGUAUUCCUCAACCUGUUUGGCCCAGAUUGAAUGUAAAAAGAGUUCCAUAUAUCAUUGAAUACAAAUGUAUACUUAAACUCGCUCGAAUAAUUUAUUCAAAAUCGCAUAUCCGUGUACAUAUUUCAAUUGAAUAAAAAAUACAUUCUAUGGAUAUUUAGGUAAACGGGUCACUACUAAAAAGUCUGUAUGUAUAAGAUACUGAAAUAAUAUAAGAAAAUGAAUUUGUGAACACUUA